AUGGCCGCCAUCUUUGAAAUCUCAAGGAUCCAUAAACUUCCAUCAUCGAUAUGGCGAAGGCGUUUGUUGAACGACCAGAUACGACGUCGCUUUUCCAAGCUUCUGACAGUUUACCACCCAUCAUCAAGCUAUCAUGAUGUUCCAUCUUAUUUGGCAUACGCAAAAUCACAGAACCUUUCUAUCGAGUCUACGGUAUUCCGAGGAAAAUACUACGAAUUCCAAACGAAGCAAGUUCUUGAAGAAUUUUUCAAUUGCAAAGAACAUGAUUUGAUGGUCACUGGUGGCUCAUACGACCAAGGGGUCGAUAUUCUUGGGAAAUGGAACUUAAAACAAUAUUUACCUGCCCAUCUCCUCAAUAUGAAUCGGGACUCAGCUGGUCUGACACCGAGUAAACUAAAAUUGCCAUCCCGUAAUGGCAAAUCACUACUACUGAAGGUAUUACAAAAAGAUGCUUUUUGUGUCGAUCUAUUGAUUCAAUGUAAAACUUCAAACAAGAAAAUCCCCGCUAAAUUAAUCAGAGAGCUCUCGGGGAUGUACAACCAAAGAGUCAAGACACCAAGACAGCGUCAAUCGACAUUCAUGGUUUUGGUGUCUAAUAACACCAUGACUGACGAUUCAUUGAAUCAGUUUACGGAGUUGCUGAUCCCAAUGAUUUUUCUACAAGUGGAGCUACCCAGAUUGAAGGAAGGAAGAAAAGGAGCUUAUGAUCAAAGGAAUUAUGAAAAAGGGUUAUUGUUGCUGUAUUUCAGGAAUCCAAAGGCAAAGCUUUUGCUCGGUGGGUUAAAUGAUUAUGAGGAUAUUAAUUAUAAAAUCGUUAGCCAAGUGAGGGAAUAA